AUGGAAAAGAAGGUGGAAAACAGGGAAUUUGAUCGGAUUAUCUACAAUUUUCCUCAUGCAGGGUUCCAUGGCAGUGAAGAUAAUAUUCAUCUUAUACAAAUGCAUAAGAAUCUUGUGGGAAGGUUUUUUGGGAGUGCCAAAAAAAUGUUGCGAGUUGAUGGUCAAAUUCAUGUAACACAUAAAAUUACUCCUCCAUACGACCUUUGGGAUCUUGUUGGACUUGGAUCAAGAAACUCCUUGAUUUGUUUUGAAUGUGCUGAAUUCAAGAUUGAAAAUUACCCUGGUUACAACAAUAAAAGAGGAGCUGGUUUAAAUUGUGAUGAGCCUUUUCAUUUGGGUGAGUGCAAUACCUUCAUGUUUAGAUUCAACCCAUCUUGUAAGAAUAUGCCAAGAACAAAACAAAAGAAACGCUUUUUACAUGCGCCAUCUCAGAAUCUUCAAACCAUUCCCAACUCCAUAAGUCCUCCGAUUGACUGCUUCCAACAUCAACUAAGUUGGAUUGAUAGUAGAAAUACUCCAACUUGUGUCGUCAAUGACAUGAAUGGUUUUCCAAGUUAUGCAUUUCAGAACUUUCAAAAAGUUCCCAACUCCAUUAGUCCUCCAAUUUACUCCUUGCAUCCAGCUUAUUUUAAUGACAUGAAUGGUUUACCAAGUCAUGCCGGUUUACCUUCAAGACAUGACCCCAGAAGUAAACUUUUCAGGAUCUUUAAGUCGUAUUUCAGUUAUAUUAAAGAAACAUUUGGAAGAAUGGACAUUCAUGUUGAAGUUUUAGUUCGCCAAGCUCUACAUUAUGGUGCUUCGAAGUUCGACGAGACCGGGAGUCCCCCAUAUAUAUAUAGUGAUAUACAGCAGAUACAUGGAACAAAUAGGUGGUAUACUGCACCAGAUGGUCCUUCAUGGGUCGUGGUCCUCUUCAUGAGCUGUGGCACUGGUGAAUGGGAAAUUGGGAGGAAAGGACCACGGAGAGCUCCACGGCUUGUGGUGCUCACCACGGACCGUGAAGCCAACCGUGAACCUAAACCCCAGGACCCAAAGUUCCUUUGA